AAAGAUUCCAAGGUCCACCACCACCAUUGACACAUUUAAUCAUUCCCUUGCUUUUCCUAUAUAUAUUUUAAUCACAAUUGACAAUACAAUUCACAUAACCUGAGGAAUUUGUUACUUCUUUGUAGUUUUCUACUACAAGAAAAAACACACCAUCAUGCCAUUCCGGGCCAAUCCAGGCCAGGGAAGAGAGAGAGGGAAAAAUGAGAUUUUUUUUUUCUUCUAUCACACCCUGAAGAAUAAAGUUGAGUGCUUUCAUUUCCAUUGAUCAGGUUCUGGUGUUGGUUGGUGGGUCUUCAUCAUAUUUCACUCUUUAAUCAAUCAGGAUAAGGAAAAAUGAUGUCUUUCUUCCCACUUUUGCUUGUCAAGAUUUUAAGCGUAUAGAUAAUUUGCAGGAUUUCAGCUACCUUCAAUUCAAAAUUACCCUACUUUGAUCCAAAGUCUUGCUAUUAUCAUGGCUGGAAUUGAUGAUAAUGUUGGUAUAAUUGGAGAUUGGGUGCCUCCUAGUUCUAGCCCUAGUUUUUUUGCAGCCUCAUUAGCUGAUGAUGUCAGCUCAAAAUCAAUCUCAGAAACACUUGAUCAGGGUACAAAUGAGGGGUUCUUUCUAGGAACCCAGAAGCUGAGGUUAUCAGCUAACACUGAUAAAGAAAAUGUUUCACAAACUAGUGAUCAAUUGACUGAAUUAGGUUCAGUUUCUGAGCAGAAAUCAGGUCCACGGGGAUGUCUAGCAGAAAGAGUUGCAGCAAGAGCUGGAUUUAGUGCUCCAAAGUUGAACACAAUAAGCAUCAAGCCUGCUGACCUUUCAAUAAACAAUGAUAUUCCUUCUCCUUACUUGACUAUAUCACCUGGUCUCAGUCCAACAACACUAUUAGAUUCUCCAGUUUUUCUUUUAAAUUCACUGGCACAACCAUCCCCAACAACUGGAAAAUUUCCUUUUCUUCCAAAUGGAAAUGGCAGGAGCUCAAUCUCAGAGGCUGCUGAAAAAAGUAAAGAUAAUUUGUUUGAGGACAUUAAUACAUCAUUGUUUGCAUUCAAGCCCAUGACAGAAUCAAGUUCUUCUUUUUUCCUUGGUGCUACAAGCAAGAUUAUGCCUGCCACUCUUCCUAGGCAAUCCUUUCCCAGUAUUGAAGUUUCAGUUCAGUCUGAGAAUUCUCUUCGGUCACAGGUUUUUGAUCCAUCCAAAGUCCAUUCUCAGAACAGAAACAGCCCCAACCUUCAGGCAGACUUUGCCCGAUUAUCAACCGAAAAAGAUAAUGGGAACCAAAGGGUUUUUGAUACUGUUGGUGGUAGUUCUGAGCAUUCACCACCCCUUGAUGAGCUACAGGAUGAAGAAGGAGAUCAAAGAGGCAGUGGAGAUCCCAUGGCUGCUACUGCUGGUGGUGCACUGCCCGAGGAUGGAUAUAAUUGGAGAAAGUAUGGGCAGAAACAAGUAAAAGGUAGUGAGUAUCCUCGUAGUUAUUACAAGUGUACACAUCUGAAUUGUCAGGUAAGGAAGAAAGUGGAACGUUCUCAUGAAGGGCACAUAACAGAGAUCAUAUACAAAGGAGCCCAUAAUCAUCCCAAGCCUCCGCCCAAUCGCCGAUCAGCCAUUGGAUUAUCUAAUCCACUCAAUGAAAUGCAGUUAGAUGACCCUGAACAUACAGGCCCACAGAAUUGUACCGAUGGUGACCUUGUUUGGGCAAGUGCACAGAAGGGAAUCUCUGCAGGAAACCCUGACUGGAGUCAUGAUAACAUUGAGGUGACAUCAUCUACAACUUUGGCCCCUGAGUACGGCAGUGGAUCCACCUCUUUGCAAGCUCCAAAUGGCACACAUUUUGAAUCUGGUGAUGCUGUGGAUGCCUCCUCUACCUUCUCUAAUGAUGAAGAUGAAGAUGAUCAGGGGACACAUGGUAGUAUGUCAUUAUGUUAUGAUGGUGAAGGAGAUGAAUCAGAGUCAAAGAGAAGGAAAAUUGAAGCUUAUGCAGCAGAAAUGAGUGGAGCCACCAGAGCUAUCCGUGAACCUAGGGUUGUAGUUCAGACAACUAGUGAGGUGGAUAUCCUGGAUGAUGGAUAUCGGUGGCGCAAGUAUGGCCAGAAAGUUGUGAAAGGAAAUCCAAACCCAAGGAGUUAUUACAAGUGCACAAGCGCAGGUUGCACUGUAAGGAAGCAUGUAGAGAGGGCAUCACAUGACCUUAGGUCGGUGAUCACCACAUAUGAGGGAAAGCACAAUCAUGAUGUCCCUGCUGCUCGCAGCAGCAGUCAUGUCAAUUCAGGUGGCUCUAGUGCUGUAACUGCCCAAACUGUUUCUGCUGUCCAAACCCAUGCACAUCAACCAGAGCCCCUACAAGUUCACAGCAGCAUGGUUAGAGCAUCUUCUUUUGGUCCAUUAACCUUACCUGGAAGGCAGCAGCUGGGGCCUUCCAAUGCUUUCUCAUUUGGAAUGAACCAACCUGGACUAGCCAGUCUAGCAAUGGCUGGUUCGGGUCCUGGGCAAGCUAAGUUGCCCGUCUUGCCUGUUCACCCAUUCAUGGCACAGCAGAGGCAGGUCAUGUUGCCGAAGGGAGAACCCAAGGCGGAGCCAAUAUCCGAACCUGUUUUAAAUUUGUCCAAUAAUUCAGCAUUAUAUCAGCAAAUGAUGAGUAGGCUGCCUCUUGGACCAUAGAUGUAAAUUUUCCUUAAAAUUUAUUUCAAUGCUUUUUUUUUUCCUUCUUUUUUUUUUUUUUUUUUUUGGGUUGUUAUGAGGAAGUAGAAGCAUUUAAAUUUCAAUAUAUAAGUGGGUUUUUU